AUGCCGGGGGAACCCCUCGUCAAUAACUACAAAAUUCCCACUUGGUAAAAGCGAUUCCUACUAAUUCCUCCUUUUUAGGGCUGGGAAACCUCCGACAGGCCUACAUCUUGAUGUUAUGAAAGAGGGCAAGUUAGUUCAGGUAACCAAAGUAACCUUGAUUUUUUUUACCUGAGUUGUACUUAAUUUUGCACUGCAUCUGGUUAGAAUCCUUACCUAGAAUAAGUGUAUGUGAAGGCUUAUGAAGGAUUUCGCGGCUUUUGUUCUUUUCAGCCGCCGUAUUCUUGUAUUAACUCACUCUCUGCGUGUGCCCAGUUGAGUGUUCCUCCGUACACAACUGAAAGCAGCAGACUAAGCAACUAUGUAGUACCCGAGUAGCUGUCUUCUUAACUUUGUCUGACAAGGGACCUUCUAAAGUCGGCAAUCCUCAUACUUUUUCCAACGACUGUCCAGGUUAAAAGGAGUCAGAGUCCACUUUCAUCUCUCCGACAUCCAAUGCGUCGACACAGUCAGACAGUAUAGAAUGAUGACUUUUACGCAAAGUUUAUUAAUAUAGCUCGAACCAGAAAAUAGGUUGAGUAGGAAAAGUAAACAACUCGGUAGUGUCCACACGGUUGUGGACUUGCAACUGUCAAUUGGUGGGUCUGUCCAAGGUCUCAUCCGGCACGCUGUCCUACCCUUGGCUCACCUCAGGCGGUCCUCGCUCACAAGCAAUCACUUCAAAUCCAAAAGGAAAACAACAACGCAAUAACAAACGUUAUGUAAAGUGUAUACAGAACAUUCAAACAAGUAUAUUUGUCCGGGAUUAGCACUUUGCACUUGUUUAUAUCUGUCCGAAAAUAUUUAAACACAGUGCCGCUACUUUGCUUAUUUUUUAUUGGUUACAGAAACUCAUGAUCGAUGAAAAGAGUUGCUACUUCUUUGGUCGUAACCGCCAGCUAUGCGACUUUUCAGUCGACCACCAGUCCUGCUCCCGUGUCCACGCAGCACUUGUUUGGCACAAACACUUAAAUCGCGCCUUUAUUAUUGAUUUGGGAAGCGUACAUGGGACCUUUAUCGGUAAAAUACGUCUGGAGGCCGACCGACCUCAACAGGUAUUACGCCGUCCCUACCGUUUGCUUUCCGGCAAAUAGUUGCGUACAUUCAUACCGUUUAUUUAUCUUUUUCACUCCUUUACUCUGCGGCCUCCUUUGUUCCGUUACUAAGCCUUCUUUUACUCUAAGUUUGCACUCGAUAUACUCUUCAUUUCUGCUAUUAUAUUAACUGCUUUUCUGUAAGUUUAUAGCGGAUGUUCCCGGUAGUUUUAUCUUAUGCUAGGCGUCCUACUACUUACCGCUCAUCGUUAUUUUCUCUAAAUAUUAAGGUCACACAGAUGUCUGUUACAUGUAUACAACAUUUCAUUUUGAUUCCGGCUGCUAUCCCGUCCCAUUGGACCCCAAUUUGGUUGCUGAUGAAAGUCUUGACCAGCUUUAUGAAAGAUUUUCGAACCCGUUUCAACUUCCAGCCCCAUUCGACAAACCAGAGCCUGGGACUGAACCUCGAAACGGGCGUGUUUGGGACGGUCAGUAAAAAUCACGCCGUUAUUUUCAUUAUGAAGGGUGCCUUUCUGUCGCAUACCUCGUUCGAACCCAGAAAACAAUUCUAGGGCGUUUAUGAGCGGUGCCGCGCAAUAUCAUUCGAUAGCAACGUAGUAAAGUGCCAGAGAUGCUUUCUGACGUAAGAAGGCGGACCAUACUAACUGGCUUUCAUAGGCAGAUUGAGUCGCAUAUUUCAUUGCAGCAGAUUGCUUGUUUUUUUUGACUGAUUAGGUAAGUAGUAGAUCUCUACCAACAGUCUAGUUAGCAGGCAUACACAACCACUAGUCUUGGAUUCUUUGCAGUCAAAGUCUCCAUUUACAGUUGUUUAAAUGUCAAUUAACGCUAGUAGUGUCGCCAUAGUUCAAAUAUUCCCUUCUGCGCUGAUAACGAGCACGGCCGUCUGCCGCAUAUGAAAUCGUUGAGUUCGACCGAAGUACCAGUAAGCAAGUGUGAAUCAGUCGUGCAGGACCGAUAGUUUGAAACUCCAAUUAAAUGCCAUCUAAUGUCAUUGAUUGUCAAGGCAUUGGUCCUUGAACGAACAGGCCGCUUUCUUAGCCACGUCGUGGCCAGUUGGCGUAGAAACGGGUCAGUAAAUAAUGAGGAUCAUAUCAGCAGGUAUGACUGACUUGUCGAUUAUGAAAUUUGUCGUAUCGAACCUCUGUAUGAUAAGGUCACUCAGCCUAUUAUAAAAGGUCUGUCCGGAGUACGUGCUUAUACUGUGCAGGCCAUACGAGAGGCCCAAACAAGCUCUAGCCAUUGCGAAUUUAGCUUUAGCAUUCAUGAACGUGAAAAUGCAAAAGAGGCCAUUAAAAUCACUGACCAAUCUGCCAACAUAAACAUUGCUUCGAUCACACUUACCAUACCCGACUCAACUGGGCACUAUGCUAUACCUUAGCCGCACCACGGCUCACUGCCUUCCAUCAAAGUUUGUCAGGACUAUGACUCUACUUCAGGUCCACUUCCGCCGCGUCUUUAGUUGACCACAUCGACGUUAUCCCAAGCUACGUCCGUAUUCGGUAAGUUGACACAUUGGUCUACUUCGCUGUGGGGUCACCGCAGUAUGUAACCGUCAGCAUCCCCGGUCCUCGGGAAUAGGGUCAGAGUAGAUGAAUUCGGAGGAUGGAGUGCAAGUAUGACUGACCACAUCUUCCAGACUGUUGAUGUUUAAGCCCAGCCUUAUGUCUCACAUGCUCACAGGGAAAUUGUUCCGGUGCAGUCUUAACACACACAUAUGUUGGACCCCUAAACUGGUAUCGUGUCAUUUCCAGAGAUAUGGACGAAGUCUAGUUUUUACGAUUGUCGAUUUAAUCAUUAAUUCGCACAUCUAACAGAAUACUUUAUCAUAGGUAGCAGAAAAUUUCCACUAACCAAAGAGCUUCACUAUUUACCGUGACCGAACUCAUGUCUUCGAGGAAGAAACCCGUGGUCAUCAACUUUAUUUUGAAGUGGCUUAUUUUCGUGCUUACUUCGGCUGCCCUUGCAUUUAACGGAGACACCACCGCCACAUUUCCGCAAACGGGCGCGCUACCACCGCAACACACUUUAUACGUGUAUGACGAACCACUGUAACUCGGGAACGGUGCUUUGUAGUAGUUGUAAAGAACUGGUGGAAUAUUACAGCCGUGAUCGACACUAGAGGCGAUAUAAAGAAACUCACUCUUUUCGCCAUUUGGUCGGACUUUCAUUCUUCCCCUAUGAUGGGUGGUCUCGAGGCAUUGAAUUAACUCUGGUCGCAUGCCAUUACUCAACAUAAUCAGCCGCAGGGAAUCCAGGUGGGCAGAGCCUAGAUUACAGGGAAAAUUCACGAAAUAGAAGAGUGGGUUGCUGAGGAUAGCGGCAGUAUUAAAGGGUUUGACGAAACAAGAAGUGUUUUUCAAGACAUCCUCGCUCCUUACCAGUGAGUCACGAAAAAAGUAGAAACUAUCGAAGAAGACGGUUGAGUGUACUUUCGGAAAUCUAAGGAAAGCGUAUACCGCGCCAGUCCUGUUGUGGCGAUCGGUCGCCAUCCCUUAAGAUUAGUGGUUCAGCAGCGUAGCCCUGACAUGUGGACAUGGUUUCCACUUUCAAAAUUUGGAUCAAAAAUGUUUCGGGUCAUCGAAUACUGUUGACCAGAGCCAGUAGAUUUCUUAUGGAGAAGGGUUCUCACCAGAUGCUGUUACUGUUAACCUUCGUUAUCGAUUCGCUGAUCUCAGGCACUGGAAGGCUCCAUACCAGACUUUGACAGAGAGGGUUAGGAGGCAAGACGAAUUGCUUUUUCCACUGUAGUGACAUGCCUCACAUGAGCGCUAUCACCACGCUCUGAUUGUCUCUCUUCAUUGAGUCAGAGUAUAAGACUGACUCAUCCACAAAAUCCUGUUUUGCUUUUUCGUUUCGUUUACUGACGCCUUUUUGGAGUUCCGGACAGUUAUACUGUAGAAUUUGUUGCGGUCGCACUGGGCGGGUGCAUGAUCUCAUGAUUCUCGUCUCUAAGGAUCGUAUCACCGCCAACUGGAGCAACCCUUGCUGUAUAAGUUAAUAAGAUUGUUUAACCAAGGAUAACAUCCCUGUGGCGACGCCUCCGGCCAUUUACUCUGAAGAGUACGGUUCCAUUCAAGCCGGUAUUUUUUCUAUCGAAGGCGCCCGGGAUGCGACUCUAGUCUGCGUCAGUGCGUAAACAGGGUUGGUGAUAGGUAAAAAGAGGCUUGUGGUGGCGGUAGGACCUCAAUGGUAGUUUACUUUCUCGAUAACCCAGUCUGACCCGCGGCUGCGGACUUCCAGCGGUAUCGUCAAAGCCACUUCCUUUGCCGGCGUCGACACUUCGCGUCGCGCGGUAGUCAUAUACUAAGUCUAGUCAAUGUAGUGGAGGUAUGUGUAAUCAAUUUAGUCUUCAGUGCAACCAGAUAAGAAACGACGGAGGAAAUUGCAUGGAAGAGAGGCACAGGGCUUUGAUGCAAGUUUAUUUCUAUGGUUCUAGAUUAGUCUUUUGGAUGACCAUACAUUCCACGAGGCAGACUUAGGAAGAAUUUGCCUGAUGGCAGUUCACGCUCGCCAUUUGAUAGUGUUAUCGGGCCUUGCGGCAUUUUAUAAGACGGUCGUCCUCACCCUGACAGUAUUGCCUCACAUGCCUAUGACCAAAUAUCCGCCAGACACAAGUCUGCUUAUCUUUCAGCCAGCCCCCACUGAGGGUAGUUUAACUAUCCCUCAUCCAAGUUCGCGCCAGGCAGCUAAAACAACAGCCAGACGCUGUCCUGUCUAGGUUUCUGGGAUUAUCAUGAAGAUGGAUUACUGACGGACGUCAAUUUGGUCGACAAGUAUUGUGCCUCACCUACCGUGGUUUGCCGGCGAUGUUGGCGCAUCGGUUACCUGCAGCGGCUAAGAGGAUCAGGACCGUUCGCGCCUAUCUGCUGCCAAAGAAUGCCUGGAUCGCACCACCAGGGAAACCAAGAAUUAUCUUAUAGUAUGCAUCAUUCAAAGUUUGAGGCUCUUAAGCUCUUCCCAAGUAAGCGAUUGUACGAUUCUUUGGGGUCGCUGAUUUUCACGUUGCCUCAUUUGGUGUCGUUGCUGCAUGGGUGCAAGGCCAUUAAAAUCACAGUUUUAAUAAACGUCCCGCUUUUGCGAUUCAGAUGUCUGUCCUUUGUGACCGGGCCUUCCCGUCAUUAUCAUGCUUGACGAUUUCCCUACAUUGUGACCCAGGAGGCGCCGUCGCCAUCGACGACUAAUGUUUUAUGCGAUAAAUCUUUGUAAGCUUGCAAACGUCUUCGCGACUGUCAAUUCAGACGGCAUCCUGGAACGCCACAGCGACACCCGUUUCCCUUAAUUUCCACUCCUGCUGGUAGCUAUGUGGUUGUCAUCCAGUGUCACUCAUCUUUGCCCUGCAGGUUCCUAUUGACUCAGAAAUACACUUUGGUGCGUCCACGCGUCUUUACAUUAUCCGCGAGCGCCCCGCCCCUCUCUACAGCCUCAACACCACGGAUCCUGAAAGAGUCAGUGCCAGCGUCGGAGGGACAGCCCUUGCUGGCAGUGCAGGCGCCAACGGGGAGGCUGACCCCAAAUUAGGCGACGCCCUUUCCCGACUUCACCGGCAGCUGCCACGAGACGAGGUAGAACUGGACAACCUCACUCAGUUCAACACCGCUCAUAACCGCCGCAUCACGAGCAUAGCUGAGCUACCACCAACGAAGCCGUUGCGUACUCAACGACGAAUGCAUAGCGUGCACUUCAACGAUAUAGAAGAAGUGAUAAACCCGGAGGACGUGGAUCCUUCCGUUGGCCGAUUUCGAAAUUUGGUUCAGGAGACCUUCAUUCCUAACAAGGUCUGUCGAGCACCUGUCUUGCGCCUACUGAAUUUCGAAUUUUCAACGUGGUACACUAUCGUCAGUAGGCGUCAGAACUCCUGCAAUCUAGACGUACAUCAAAUAUUCAUUGGAAUCGAAAAUGCUACUUUAACCAGGUUGAAGUGCUCAUUGGCGCCUAUGCUAGUCAUGUUGAGGGAUAACAAUAACUCAUAUUUUGCAUUUUCCUGUUGAUUGUCGAUGCCCCUACGGUUUGCAACGUGAUCCAGACAUGCUCCAUUGUUUGUUGAUCGCAGUAGGGUCUAAUCCCGCGCACAUGAAGAGAAGCAUGUACGCUGUGUACAACUCGACAGUCUUAAAAGCAAAGUAAACAUAAAUUGUGUCUCGAAACACGCAGGCAUUAUCUGCUAAUUUAGAUCCACGCACACUUCUCAACUGUGCUAAAUAACAAGCUACCGUCUGCUAAAGCCAGUUUUCGGACCUGUCCCACCUGCAUGACUCCGACUGUCAGCAAUGUUAGGAACUGCAACUCGGUUUUGCUGUCUGAGUACGAGUUAACUCUAGAUUGACCUGAAUACAGUGCAACAUCGGUCAUCAAAAUUCUACACUGCACCACCCACACAAACCCCAUACAGGCUGCUUAGGACGCAGUUUUUGAUUGUUGUGGGUGAACUGCUAUAUACAUAUACAUAUUUUAAGCACUGGGGGAAACUCGGCGACCUCGGUAGGAUUCGAACCCACGAGAGCAGGGGAAGACCUGAGUACAGCCAAUACUCUACCUACCUGAAGUGAAGAAAUACACACUGCAUAAUUUGUGACUUCGUCUCGAAUUUAACGGAAACAAAUGACCGAAACUUGCAUUACAUCAUGUAAUAACUAAACUGGGUUAGGGUUCCCAGCUAACAGCGAUUCUAACCCCACCUAAGUAGUUUUCUUUAACUGAGAAGGGAUUUUUAGGUUUCAGUCGUUUUCGUAUUAUCAGUUCAACAGGCGAAAGUGUCUAGCCGUUUCAUUAUCAAGGGCCAAGUUUAAUCUUCUUGACUCGCGCAACGUGUGGACUGUUGAGAACCCGCAGCUAGAUAGUCACCAUGUUUAUUUUCUGCAGUUUGAACGGCGACAACUAUUUGUCUCCUACUUGACAUUCGCCAAUGCAUAAAGUUUUAAUGGUAGCCAGUGAUCGUAAACCAAUAACACCCGCCUUCGUUGUUGAGUCGAGGCGUAGUAAGACUAGAACGACUUGUAAGCUAUCUAGAUACAAACGUUAGGAGGCCUCUGCACCAACUAUUUUGCUUCAGGCCUGUUAUACAUACAACACACUUCUAAGUCUCGAGAUUAUGCGACCUCUCAACAUCAUGCUUUAGGACGCCGGCUUCACAAGGCUUAUUUUUUCCUUUCUAACCCAGUUCAUCGUUUUCAACUGCAAAAGUCUAUCACAAAGCCAUUUGUUCAUUAUGUGUGAAUGAGUGUGAGACUAUCCCAUGCUCAGAGGUAUUUUAAACCCGCCAAACAUUUCCCUCCAUUUUGGGACACGCUGAACAGUCGAGACUAAUUAUCGUGAGUCUCAGUAAACAUUGCGGAUGAGGGGUGAUGUUCAAGCGACAGUAAAAAGGCUGGGCACCAAUCUCUUGGUUUUUCCACGUCAAAGUUUGGAUUUAUCGUUCAAAAGCCUAAUGUCAUGCGUGAGCUUUGGCUCCCGCAGGUGUCCGUUGAAUGAACUUUCGAUUGAUUGACAACAGCCAUAUUACUCGAUAAAAUACUAAUCGGUCUCGCAUCUCACUAUGUUUGCAAUUUGCCGCCGAGCAGUCGGUCACCUUAGGUUUUUUGUGGACUGCGUGGAUCACUGUCAUUAACGUUCCAGACAGCCAAGUUUUUAUUCACUUCUCCACUGGCCAGAGAUUUCGGUAAAGAUGUAAACUUGUGAACAAUUUCUUCUUUAGUUUUGUUCCUUGUCUACCUCGAACUGGGUAUCGCUGAAUGGCAACCUAUAUCGCCGUAAUUUUUUUCGGUAUCUUAUUGAAAGUGAUCACUAAUGGUAUACUCCAUUGCGGUUUUGACUCCUUGAAAUUACUUUAGAGCUUAGGUCGGAACUACAAUGUCCGACUCCUAAUUGCCAAAGAUCGUUCGUUUUUGGUACUGACUCCUAUCACACACACAGGGCAAAGACGCUCAUGAAGGAGCCGACCUGGGCGUCUCAGCUCCCAAACGCAACGCUUAUAUCGCCUCAGCGUACGAGAAUUCGACAAACGGUGCCACAGGAGCAGGGCGUCAGCUCUCCGGCGCCUUGUCGGCUUCAAAUCCGAACUUCAGUCUAGCCGCGAAGCUGGGUCUCCCUCUGCCGAACCUGGCACCCAAUUUAGAAGAGACAGACAGCCAACUUCAGCGGACCCCUGCCUUCUUCAUGUUCUCUCGCAGGGCUCGAAAUAGCACCAGUGACAGCGACGCCAUGACCGCCGAUGACAUUCGUAACAACAACGAAAGCGGUGACGGUGUUGCGGUGAAGAGGCCGCACGGAGCAGAUGGCAAGCCCGAAGCGGCGACGGCGGCAGCAGCGUCGGAACCGAAGAAAAAGAAAUAUGCGAAGGAGGCCUGGCCCGGUAAACGGCCCACGUUCCUUGUCGGUCCGGUCCCGUGA